AUGUUAGAACAGGAGGAGGCUGAAGGAAACAGAAGGGAAGAGGGUGCUGCUGAAGAUCAACUCAAUACUGAAGAAAGUAGCUCCUCUGAAGGUCAUCAAAAUCUCCAAAAUGGAUUAGAUUUAGCAGUUGCUGAUACAAAAGAGAAAGUUACAUGCAUCAUUGCUGAUGCUUUUGUUGUUCCUUCUCUUUUUGUAGCUCAGAAACUCAAUGUUCCAUGGAUUCCUGUUUGGCCUCCUUUAUCAUGCUCUCUCUCAGCACAUUUCUACACUCAUCUUAUACGUCGAAAGUGUGCUGAAAACAAUGCUAAAGAUAGAUCUUUGGAUUUUCUUCCAGAUAUGAGAUCAAAGUUACAGAAUAUGCUUUAUGUUGGUUUUCUCACUCUUUCAAUUCCUCUACCACCUUUGCCACCUUCUGAGAAAGAUGAAACUGGUUGUUUGUCAUGGUUGGACAAACAGAAGGGUACAUCAGUAGUUUAUGUUAGCUUUGGAACUACAGUGACACCACCUCCACGUGAGCUUGUGGCAUUGGCAGAAGCAUUGGAAGAAAGUGGAUUUCCAUUUCUUUGGUCACUUAAGGAUCAUUUGAAGGGAAUUUUGCCACAAGGGUUUGUUGAGAGGACUAGUAAUCAUGGGAAAAUUGUUCCAUGGGUGCCUCAAACUCAAGUUUUAGGACAUGAUUCUGUUGGAGUGUUUGUGACACACUGUGGAGGUAAUUCAGUUUAUGAAAGUAUUUGCAAUGGGGUGCCUCUGAUAUGUAGGCCAUUCUUUGGAGAUCAAGGGAUGACUGCAAGAAUGGUGGAAGAUAUUUGGGAGAUUGGUGUGAAGAUGGAAGGUGGAGUGUUUACUAAAAAUGGAUUGUUGAAGAGUUUGAAUCUGAUUCUUGUGAAGGAAGAGGGAAAGAAAAUGAGAGAGAAUGCUCAAAAGGUGAAAAAGACAGUGCUAGAUGUAGCUGGACCAAAUGGUAAAGCAGUGCAGGAUUUCAAGACUUUGGUGGAAUUAAUUUGUCACUAG